AUGGCGGAGGAGGCGGCGGUGGAGGAGGCGGCGGCGGAGGAGCAGGCGGAUAUUGAUCGGAUCUUGGAGGAGCGGGGGCGGGGAAGGAAGAAGGAGUACUUGUGCUCAUGGAUGGAUGGGGCUGAGCCACAGUGGGUGGCUGCUCGAUACCUCAAGGGUACGGUUGCUCUGGAUGAGUGGCGUGAUGCAGAGGACGAGGUGCCAGAGAUUCGGGAACCGGAAGCGGAGUGGCGGCCCAAGGUUGAGCAGCUGGCCCGCUGGCUCCAAGAGGCACAGCGACCAUGUAUUCUGCUUGGCGCUGGCAUCUCUGCCCCCGUUCUUCCCACGUUUCGUGGCGCCGGAGGCCUCUGGACCAAGCGGGCCAAACGUCAGGCUGCCUCGACCGAACCCCUGGCCCCAACCGCGGCGCACGAGGCACUGGUGGCCCUCGAGCGCAAAGGCCACGUCGACUGGCUGGCGACACAAAACUAUGAUAACCUCACGGCCCGCAGCGGCUUUCCCAUGUCCAAAGUUUCGGAGCUCCAUGGCAACCUUUUCAAGGAGGUGUGCGAGCGCUGUGGCGCCACCUAUUUUCGAGAUUAUGAGGUUGAGCUCGCCACUGCCGUGGACCACGAGACGGGCCGCCACUGCGAGGUAGCCGACUGUUCAGGGCGCUUGCGCGAUAACAUUAUCCACUUUGGCGAAGAUUUGCCUGCUCAGGACUUUGAGCGAGCAGAGGCCCAUUUUGGAGCCUCGGACUUGCGCAUUGCACUCGGCACCUCGCUAGCCGUCGAGCCAGCCGCCGGCCUCCUGGUCCAAAAUCGCCCUCGCCCUCGCCUGCGAGGUGCCCGACGCCGUGCCAAGGGCAGAGACACGAAUACCGCCCUCACUGCCUCUCCUACUCGAGCACGCGUUUGUAUCGUGAAUCUUCAGCCCACUCCUUAUGAUGACCAGGCCGACUUGCUCGUGCGCGCCACCUGCGAUGACGUGUUGCGAACCCUGGACGAGCUCUUGUAA